AUGACCUGGCGAAGCUUUCCCCGAACAUGGUACAUGGUGCGCCCUUCGACACGUAAUGUACGAACUCAACCAAGUUACAAUGGUCCCGUUGGCCACGAUCCGGCCACCAAAGUCCCUUCCUUCAAAUUGGCGACACCUCGCCAGUUAGUUGAGUAUCUGAACCACUACAUCGUAGGUCAGGAACAUGCUAAGAAGGUUUUGUCGGUCGCGGUUUACAAUCACUACAGUCGUGUUUUUGCAAAUGAAGCCAUGUUGCAACAGCAACGUUCUCAAUCUGAGCUGGGACAGACGCCAGACGAUUCAAAUACAGGGGUUCAAUCUGCUAAAAUUCGACCUUUACGAUAUCAACAACCAUUAUCUUCCCCAUUACUUCCCUCGGCCUUCCCUCUAUUCGAGAAAUCCAAUGUACUAGUGAUCGGUCCGACUGGUUCUGGUAUAAAUAUCCAAUCUAUUUUCAAGUUGUGCACGACUCAGAUCAUCACAGGGAAGACCCUACUAGCCAAGACUUUAGCUAGGGUGCUAGACGUUCCAUUUGCUGUUAGCGACGCAACGUCCUUCACUCAGGCAGGAUAUGUUGGAGAGGAUGUGGAAAUGGCCAUACAGCGAUUGCUGCAAGAUGCUCAAUGGGAUCCUUACCGGGCCAGCACGGGCAUUGUAUAUAUCGACGAAAUCGAUAAGAUUGCUCGUAAAUCUGGAUCCGGAAUUGAAAGUUCGCGAGACGUUUCGGGAGAAGGUGUUCAACAAGCCUUACUUCGUAUGUUGGAAGGCACAAUUGUGUCCGUUCAAGCCAAAGGAAGCCAAUCCGAACCUCCCUCACUUCCAGGUGGAGAAGGCCACUCUCGAAGUGGACAUCGUGCUCCCAAUGUUGCUGCCGCUCCCAAACCGGAUGUGUAUUACAUCGACACGUCCAAUGUUUUAUUCAUCGUCAGCGGGGCGUUCGUAGGAUUGGAUAGUAUUAUUCGGCAACGCUUGUCUAAGGGACAUUCAGCAAUAGGGUUCUCUACCAAGUCGUCGGGUCUUAAUCGUAGUCCUUUGUUUUUUACGCCAAACCAAAAGACAUCGGAUCAUGUUCUGGAAAGCGUUGAUCCUGCGGAUUUAGUCAAGUAUGGAUUCAUACCGGAGUUUAUCUCUCGUCUGCCUUCAAUCACAACUCUCGCACCACUCACGAUACCCGAUUUAUUAAAAAUAUUGACUGGUGUCAAAGGAUCUCUCUUAUCACAGUAUAAAGCAUUGUUUCAAUACUCCAAUGUGGAAAUCCGGUUUACUAGUGCCGCUAAUGAUGAGAUAUGUAGACAAGCAUAUGAACGAGGGGGAGGGGCACGAGGGCUGAGAGGAAUUAUGGAAGCACUACUACUAGAAUCUAUGUACGAGGUCCCGGGAUCAGACGUCCAGGGUGUCCUGAUCACAGAACGGGUUGUUAGAGGUGAAGCACCUGCGCAAUACUGGCGCGAAAACGAUGGAAGUCCUACAACAUUCUGGGAAGCGUGGGCUUCAGAAGAAACCGCAUAUGAAAAGCGCAAGUUGUAA